GAGCUCUGUUCUUUAUAUAUUUUCCUAUUCGCACCACACAAUGGAUCCGGGAGAUUUGGAUAAUGAUUUUGCAGACACGGUUCGCUUUCACCUGAGCAGAGAUGAGUUGGACCGCCAGAUGAGGAAAAUUCACGAUCGCGGCGAUUCUCUGAACCGGCCUUCUGGAAGUGGAAACAGCUCAAGUUCGGUGAAUGCCUUGCCGCAGCAGGAGUCAUGGAUCUUUGAAAGCGUCGGAGGUUACUAUCUUCCCAAUGAGGAUCUGGCCAAGAUGCCGCUGCAGCAUCAGGAACAGCUGCUCAUGAGGGAUCUAAUCUAUGCUUUUUCGGGGGUUCCUUCCUCGCAUGUCAAGCCCGAUAUACAGAUCGAUCAGAUUUCCGAGAUGAAUUCAGUGGAUAUAUCAAGGGUUCGCUUCCGUUUGGAUGAGGUCUUCAAUGGGGCCUUUAGGGCCUUGGCCAAUGACGUUUUGCCCCUGGUCGGUUACUAUAUAAGUGUGCAGAGCUUCAUAGAGCAGACCAACAUGUCGCCGAGUUGCGGAAGAACCCGCUUGGCCUUGGUCACCGCCUUCGGUGACCAAAUGCAGGAGUACUACGAUCUGCAGUCAAAGUUGGAGACCGAUUUGCAGGAGAAGAAGCUGAAUCUCAAGGAACUGGUGCGACAGGUGCGUCCCUGGCUGUCCAUUUUGAAGGUCUUCUCCAGCAUGGCCUGCAGUUCGCGGAGUAAAUUGACCAGCGCCCAGUUGCUAACAUUAUUGGAUCAGUUUCACCGGGAUCAGAAGGCCACGGAACCGGAAAUGAAGGAAAGGAUCACCAAAAUUGUGUCCUCUGUAACGCGUGUCUACAUGAAGAUCGUUCAGCUGUGGAUGCAGAAAGGUGUUCUAUACGAUACGCAACACGAGUUCUUUGUCGAGGACACGGAACGUUCGAAUGCGAUGAGUAGUACCUUGCUUUCGCCGGAGAAAUGCUGCCACGCCUACUGGGCGCAGCGGUACCGCCUUCUGCCGGAUCGUCUGCCCGCCUUUCUACUUUCCCAGGCGGACGAAGUGUUUCUGGCGGGGAAGUACCUGAAUAUCCUGCGCCAGUGCAAUGUCACCAUGAAGUUGCUUCAGCAGCCACUCGCCUAUAAUCCUGGCGAAACGGCGCAUGAGGAGAUCAUCAAGGAUAGCUACGAUCUGCCGGCCAGGAAGCUGCUAAGUGUUUUAUCUAAAGAUCACAACCUAUCCCUACACAUUGGCAAUCUUCGAUCCUAUUUCCUGCUGCAAGAGGAGGGAUUCGCGGAGACUCUACUAGACAAGUGUCAGGAGCAUUUGCAGUGCAAUGUGGACAGGUUGAUUCCCGAAAAGCUGCAGACCCUGCUGACGGAGACCCUUCAGAAGUCCAGUGACCUCUUCAAGGACAUGCUGCGCUGCCAACUCAAGGACUGCGAUGUGGCCACUCAGUUGGCCAGGCGGCACAAGCCCGAAAGAUCAGAGGCAGAAAGUCAGGAAAGCUCCAGUGAGGCGGAGGAACCACCGGAAGUCCUGAAUCUCUACGGCUACGAAUCGUUGGCCCUUCGCUACGAAGCCAAGUGGCCACUGAGCUUUGUACUCUACCCGCAGCUCCUGGAGCAAUUGCAGAUCCUGCAGCGAGUCCUGCUCUUUCUGCACUAUGUGAGGCGCAGCCUGACACUCAUGUGGCAAACUCCCUCCGAGGGCUCGGGUCUCAAGUCAACCAAGCGAUUUGGCAAUCUCCGCCAGCGGAUGCUGAUGUGCAUGUUGAAUCUGGAACACCACAUUGUCCUGGACAUCGCAGAGCCGCGAUGGAAAUCGCUGACUGUCACCGUGGACAAGGCCCAAAAUAUCGAUGAGGUGUUGAAUAAGCUGGAGAUCACCGUGGAUGAGUGCCUGCGAUUUGGGCUACUGCCCACUGCCGACACCUACACGAAAGCUUUAUUCACUCUCGGCCAUGUGUGCCUGAACUUUUGUAGGUUUGUGGAGUCACCGCCAGACGGAACUUGGCAGGAAUUCGAACAGGUCGUUGGCGAGUACGAGGAGGAAUUCGACAGCUUUCUGGGCGGCAUCCUGGAGUUGGUAGGCGAAUUGGCCAAGACCAGUGGCUCUGGCGAGCGGGAGUCGUGCAAACAGUUGCUCAAAAGACUCGAGGGGUUCUGCAAGUGCAGUGAAAUGGAUUAA